CGCGCCGGCCGAGCGACCUAACGAACGUGCUGCGCGAGCGCCGGUCCUGAUCCCAACCGCAAUUCUAAUUCUAGAAUUCAAUUUAAAAAAAGUUCGUUACUUUAAUUGUGUGAAUUUGCUGUUAUAAUUGUGUGAGGUUGCUAUAAUGAUAUGUGUGAAAUGUACGGGUGAAGAAAUAUGACGGAUUUGGAAUAAAAACUAUCUCAAUCUGUAACAACACAUGGGUGCAAGAUGACAAGAAAAUUCCUCUUCUGUUUCCCCCUGAGGGCGGGGAACAUGGUCUUCGGAUAUUUUAUAUUAGUUGUAACAAUAGCGGUAAUGGCUUACAAUUUAUACCAGCUCGCUCUCAGCAUCAACUCGCCUGAGAAGGUAGAUACGAGCAAGUUCAAGAACUGGGAGAAACUAGAGGAGCUAUUCGGAGAGAAAAAGGAAACUAUGGUGGAAAUGGUGGCCAUGGUGUAUUACGCGUCGUAUAUAGUUAUCGCUUUCCUGAUGUUUAUCUUCUCGGCAAUGUUUACCUGUGGAGCUUACUCGGUGAACAACUGCCUGGUAUCGUCGUUCUUCCUGUACAGUUUCUUCCAUUUGUUCCUCUCGAUAUUCCUGAUCGUGUGGGAAGCCACCUCCGAAGGCUGGAUACAACUCGGCCUUGUUGCUGGUUUCGAUUUGAUCCUGAUAAUAUGCCUCUUCAGUGUCAAGUACCUGAUGGAAGCAAUCCGAACAGGCAACAUUUACAGCAGACCGGGAGAAGUUUAUUAUAAGUAUUAAAUAGGAAAGAAUAUUUUGAGUCUGAGAAUUUUGUAAACUUCAAGUAGUAAACAGACUUGAAAGAUCCUCAAAUAAUAGUAGAUUACAUGUAAGUACGAUUUGUCUCAGAUCACAUGUGAUUGUCGGCAGAGGCGGAGCAAUGCUAAAAUGGAAGGGAGCCCCCUUUUAAUUUGGGAAUUUUAGUUAAAUAUACUAGUGUUAUUAACUAGAUUUAUCGAAAAAAAUGUCCAUUCAGAACAACUCAGUUAAAAGAUAUUGCGA